AUACUAUUCUGUACUCUUGUCUAACUUGUACUUACGCGUUAAUAAAUAUAGUUAUUAGUGGUCUGCAGUAAUUUAUUUACUAGUUAUAACGGCAUAUGAUCCUACUCCUAUGCAUCUACACUGGUGACCCCGAUAUUCAAGACCUCGAAGAAGAUGCAAGCUGAAGGUGCCAAGGCUGGUGUUGUGGGAGAAUCCUGCCGAGUUGGAGUAAGAAUACCCCCGUUCAACCCUGAUGACCCUGAACUAUGGUUCGCGCAACUGGAAGGGCAGUUCACGUUGUCCAGCAUCAGCGCUGACGCCACGAAAUUUUACUACGUCCUGGCACAGCUGGAACCGCAACACGCAGCAGAAGUACGAGACCUAAUAGUUUCCCCACCGGCCGCAAACAAGUUUGAUACUUUGAAGGCGGAGCUGAUACAAAGACUGUCUGCUUCCCAGGAACGAAAGAUCAAACAGCUGUUAAUGCACGAGGAGAUAGGAGACAGAAGCCGACGCAAUUCCUUCGGCAUUUGCAGCACCUAGCUGGAGCAAAUGUACCAUCUGAGUUCAUCAGGACAAUGUGGGCAAGCCGACUUCCUACACACCUGCAGACCUGCAUCGCCGCGCAGCAAACGAAGAUGUCACUCGAAGACUUGGCCGAGCUUGCAGACCGUGUCAAUGACGUUGUUCCUACAACUAUGCUAGCCAACAGUCAAGUACUUGCGCAAGUAGCUAGUACGUCAUCUACACCUACGGCCCCAAUUAAUAACACCAUUGAAGCCUUAACGCGGACAGUGACAGAGCUCAGCCAAAAAGUGGAAGCAAUGAGUAUGGAGUUACGUAGGCGUUCACGUUCACGCUCUAACGGUUCAAGAAAAAAAUACCGCCCCCGUUCACGCUCACGUCCUAGCGAUCACCCGCAUUGCUUCUACCACUACCGGUUUGGUGAAAAAGCACGGAAGUGUACUCAACCCUGUACCUACCAGAAAAAGGGAAACUACCAAGGCAGCCAUUAGUGGCGGUAAACGACUGCCUAGCGAUUUCGAGCCGCCUGUUCAUUACGGACCGCAAAACAAAGGUGCAAUAUCUCAUCGAUACAGGUUCAGACCUGUGCGUCUUUCCGCGAUCCGCUGUUCGGGAGCCACGAAAUAAGACAAAGUACGAAUUGUUCGCAGCCAACGGAACAAUUAUCUCUACUUAUGGCUACUUGCCAUUAACAAUCGACUUAGGACUCCGACGAGCUUUUACUUGGCGAUUCACCGUAGCCGACGUAUCGAAACCCAUCAUCGGCGUCGACUUUCUAGGUUACUACAACCUUCUAGUCGAUUGCCGUAACCAGCGUCUCAUCGAUGGCGUAACGUCGCUCACAGUUGCUGUACCACGUCAUACUUCAACAGAGGCAAUUUCAUCUGUUCGAACAACCAUCGACGACUGCGCUUACCAUCGUCUACUGAGAGAGUUUCCUGACCUCACUCGUCCUGCUGGUAAGCAAAAGUUAAUUAGGCAUUCAACGGUACACUACAUCCGCACUACUCCGGGUCCACCAGUAACCGGUCGUCCGCGUCGCUUAGACCCUGAGCGCCUGAAGAUUGCAAAGCAGGAGUUCGAUGAGAUGCUACAAAACGGCACGGCGCGCAGAUCCGAUAGCCCUUGGUCUUCACCACUGCAUUUAGCUCGCAAGAAGAACGAUGGCUGGAGACCUUGCGGUGAUUACCGUUCAUUGAACGCACGCAAAAUCCCGGAUAGGUACCCCAUCAGACACUUGCAGGAUUUUACACACCAGCUGGCCGAAAGUACCGUCUACUCAACAUUGGAUUUGGUUAAAGCCUACAACCAGAUACCAGUUUUUGAAGCUGACGUAUGCAAAACCGCAAUAACAACACCAUUUGGCUUAUAUGAGUUCCCGUUCAUGGCUUACGGCCUCCGAAAUGCCGCUCAAACGUUCCAGCGCUUCAUGGACGAGGUUCUCCGGGGAUCGGACUUCUGUUUUGGAUACUUGGAUGACAUCCUGGUAUACAGCUCCAACAGCACGCAGCAUUAGCAACACCUCAGGCAACUUUUCCAAAGACUGACGGAAUACGGCGUUCUAAUAAACACCAACAAGUGCGUUUUUGGGCAGUCUGAAGUCGACUUCCUAGGAUAUAAGGUUUCAGCAGCGGGAAUCCAGCCACUGGAUGCGAAGGUGCAGGCUAUUCCAGAAUUCCCUCCACCAAAAACCGUCAAGGAACUCAGACGUUUUCUUGGAAUGGUAAACUUUUAUCGCCGCUUAAUCCCAAAUGCAGCUACCAUUCAAGCUCCACUGAACCAAAUGCUUGCUGGCCCAAAGACGAAAGGUUCGCAACCUAUCAACAUGACACCCGCUCUGUUGAAGGCAUUUAACAACUGCAAGAAUUGUCUUUCUGGCGCCACACUAUUGGUACACCCUGAUUCACAAGCAGAGUUGGCGAUUCAUACAGAUGCUUCAGAUUCAGCAAUAGGGGCAGUCCUGCAGCAAUACCAGGACAAUGAAUGGAAACCACUGGCAUUCUUUUCCAAGAAGCUAAGUCCAAGCCAGAGGAAGUAUAGCCCUUAUGAUCGCGAACUUCUUUCCAUCUAUGAAGCCAUCAAACACUUCCGCUUCAUGGUCGAAGCACGAAAUUUCGCGAUUAUAACAGACCACAAGCCACUGACGUUUGCUUUUACAACGCACCGAACGAGUUGCUCGCCACGCCAGUUUCGCUACCUUGACUUCAUCAGCCAGUUUACCACGGACAUCAGAUAUAUCGCCGGAAAGGAUAAUAUAGUCGCUGAUACUCUGUCCCGCAUUGAUGAAAUUUCUAUGCCCUUAGACUACCAGUCCCUAGCCAGUGAGCAAGACACCGAUAGCGAGCUACAUGAUCUGCUGAAGAACGGCUCUGCCCUGAAGUUGGAGAAGCUUAGGACACCGGGACAGGAUCUGCAGAUAUACUGUGACGCCUCCACCCCGAAUCCGCGGCCAUUUAUCACACCUUCGUUCUGCAGACAGGUAUUUAACGCACUACAUAACUUGAGUCAUUCAGGAGCGAAGGCUACUGUCAAGCUGGCGACGCAGAGGUUCGUCUGGCCUGGCAUUAAGCGGGAUUGUAGGCAAUGGGCAAAGGAGUGCCAGCACUGUCAACGAUCCAAGGUAGCUCGUCACACUUCAGCACCGCUCGCAUCAUUCAUGCUACCUUCAGCACGCUUUCGGCAUAUACAUCUUGACCUGAUCGGUCCAUUACCAUUAUGCUCUGGGUACAGGUACUGCCUCACGAUUGUCGACCGCUUCACCCGUUGGCCUGAGGCGUACCCACUCCAGGACAUGACAGCAGAGACGUGCACCAUCGCUCUAACAAAUGGAUGGAUUUCACGCUUCGGAUGUCCAGAACACAUCACCACAGAUCGCGGCAGACAGUUUCUAUCGCACACUUUCAAGGAGCUCGCCGCGCUGGUCAGUGCAACACACCAUACUACCACAUCUUAUCACCCAGCUGCCAAUGGCCUAGUGGAACGACUGCACCGCCAACUGAAGACCGCCAUCACUUGCCACUCGUCUUCAAACUGGGUUGAAGUCCUACCAUGGGUCCUCCUCGGUAUCCGCAGCGCCUGGAAAGAGGACUUGCAAUCAUCGGCAGCAGAGCUAGUCUACGGUGAACCACUCCGUUUGCCUGGACAGUUCUUUUCCCCAAAUCCCAAUACGGAGAUGGACCCGACCACCGUGGCUGGUCGACUACGCGCGCACGUCAGUAGAUUGACCCCACAACCUACGUCUUGGCAUGGUAGUUCCAGUCGAAUAUUUUAUGUGCCCAAAGACCUCAGAACUUCGACGCAUGUCUUCGUCCGCCAAGGUCCCGCAAGAAGACCACUCGAGGCACCCUACUCAGGUCCCUUCAAAGUCGUGAGACGUGACUCCAAAACAUUCGACGUAGAAAUCCAGGGCAGGACUCAAAGGAUCUCAAUUGACCGCCUAAAGCCAGCGUAUGUUGCCAGAGAGACCGCAGAGACCAUUCCACAAAACCCAAGUGACUAUGGUCAAACUACCACCAAAACGACCCGAAGCGGACGCACAGUAAGGUUUCCGGAUUACUAUCGCCCGUAGUUACGGUCUCAACGGGGGAGUAGUGUGGCGAGUAAAUUAGUAGCUAGAACGGACCUAAAGAUCAUGCCACCACUACGUCAUACAUCGGACGAUAUCCUACAUCGUCGUUAAGCAACGCCCGCUGAUAAGGGCGCAUGCGUUCCCAUUGGUCGUAGCGCCAGCAGAGUUCGAUGGCCGCUUGUGUACCUAUUGUUCUCAUCGAUGGCGGCAUGGGUGGAGUUCAACAGCCGCUUGCGCAUGUAUUGUGUUCGCUGUGUAUACGACCAAUCAGUGUGUAGUUUAAGAUAAACAACAUAUUGCGAUUUUGAUUAUUAUUAAUUAUUUUUACCUAUAUAAGCAAUGUUUCUAAUACUAUUCUGUACUCUUGUGUAACUUGUACUUACGCGUUAAUAAAUAUAGUUAUUAGUG